AUGGUCCAUACCUCGCUACGCCCUGGCCUCGCGCAAGAGGCCAACCACAACCUGAGACCAUGGGAUCAGCAGCCGCCGCAAGUGCCUGCAGCUCCCGCCAGCUCAUCCUCCUCUAAACGGCAUGCCGGGAUUCAUUCUUGCUCUGCCUGGGGAGACGACGCCGACGCCGGCGGAGCCUGUGAAUCCUUCUUCCUCCCAGAACAGUUCGCAAACCUGCAGCAGGACCCCGUGUGGUGGUCGCCGGACAAUGCCUUUUUAGACGCCGACCUGGACUGGGCCGUUGCUGAUGAUGAGCUGCAAUGCGCCUUCACCACGGCCGCAGCGACAGCUGCCCUCACCACCCUCGCCGUCGUGCCGGAGCUACCUGUGAGGGCGCCUGCGCUUGCGCCCACGAUGCCAACCCCGGGCGACUGGUCCGGCUUCGGCGUCUUUGACAGCAACACCCCGACGACGACGACGAGCAGCGGCGACGGGGCCAGCGCGCACCCGACGCCUGCCGCCUCGUCCUACCCGCGGCUCACCAGUGUCUCGCGCCGCAAGCAUGUCGACCCGGAGAUGCUCCUCAAGCGGCAGCGCAACAAGGUCGCCGCGCAAAAGUACCGCCAGAAGAAGCUCGACCGCAUCGCGGAGCUCGAGGGCGAGGUCACCGACGUCCGGCGCGAGCGCGACGAGCUGCGCAUCCAACUGGCCAAACAGGAGGCCGAGACGGCCGCCUUGCGGGACAUGUUGAAACUGAUAAACCCUGGUUCUGGAUUGACGGACGAAAGUUAA